CGACUAAGACCAGUAUAACGUGAAAUGACCGCUAACGAAGAAGCUUUCAAGAUUACCGUGUUACAAUAAUACGCGAUUUUUUUUUUAAUUUACGUAAUUAAUAAUCAUGGAUUUGACAGUCGAACAAUAUAUGGAAGGUCUCUUAAGUAAAGAGGCCUACGACCAUCCCUCUGAUUCGGUGGCUCCGGAAAAGUUGGAAUUAACACUGCCCGAUUGGUACGAUGAAAAACUAUUUAAAAAGGGCCAACGAUUCUUCUGGAAACAUUGCUUCGGCCUAUCUUUCGUGAUGAUGCCGGGACUGGUGGCUGUGUUCUCGGUGCCCACCAUAUUGGAGGUGUUGGCCAGUUCAGGAAAGUCAUCGUCAAAGUACACCGCUUUUAAGCGAUACGUCGCAACGUUCCUGCACUUCCAGUCAUGGUUGACUCAUGAUCUGAAGCCGGGUAGUGUAUCAUGGAGAUCCCUUUACGCUGUUCGAUCUCAACAUUUAAGAAACGGUCGCGCAGCUCGCUUGAAGAAGAAUGGAACAAUCUCUCAGCGCGACUUGGCUCUCACUCAGUUUGGCGUCAUCGGUCUCGGCAUCCUGAAGCCAGACCGUUUCGGCUUGCGGCAGGAGGACCCGGAGGAUUGGGAAGGCUACAACCAUCUUUGGGGAGUUCUCGGCUAUAUGCUGGGUUUGGAAGAUAAGUACAAUAUGUGUCGAAGAACAAUGGAUGAAACCCGUGAGGUGUGUAAGCUAAUACUGGAGCGUGUGUACACACCGUGUCUGGAGAACGUGCCGGAGUACUUCGAGCACAUGGCGCGUGUCAUGAUGGACGGGAUGUGGGCGGUGAAUGGCGCAGCGGAGGCCGGCAGCCUCAUGUACGUCACCAAGAACCUGGCCGAAGUGCCCGGGUACAUUCUCACCGAGGCCGAGAGGAUCGCGCUGCAGGCAAAGCUGAAAGAGAAGCUGGCUGGAAAAAAUAAGGAUUCUGGUGUGGAUGUAUCAACAUUGGUACAGAAAUGCAGUGUAGACGGUCUCCCUGACUUGCCGCCGCGACGCCUCUACCUCAAAGACUACGACAGUUGGAACACUAUUCCUGAAUACCAGAAGUUAUCUUACGGGUCUAAAUAUAAAUUAGCUAUUUUAUCUUUAUUCAUAGCUUUCUAUUCGACCUCCUUCGGUCGUUUUGUGCUUAAUCUGUAUUAUAAAAUGAUAAUGUUUUUGGCGGAAUAUUUUCCAUACGUUGCCUUCUUUUUGUAUGGCAUCAAGAAAUCUUAUGUAGAUAUAUUCAAAGAUCCAGAAUAUGAUGAUACUAAGAAUAUACCUAACUCGGAAUAUUACAAGCCUCAACCUCCAGAACCCUGGUACAAAGUUCUAGUGUCUUUUUGGUAAAAUGAUUUUAUUAAAUACUUCAAUAUAAAUAUGAAUAGAAUAAUUUGCAGCAAA